AUGCUCAGAUACUGAAGGGCUUGAAUCUCAGGAUUACUUGUGGCCAGACAGUGGCCCUGGUUGGUGGCAGUGGCUGUGGGAAAAGUACAACUGUUCAGCUCAUCCAGAGAUUUUACGAUCCCAAGGAAGGCACGGUUACCAUUGAUGGGCAGGAUAUUAAGACCUUAAAUGUAAGAUAUCUGCGGGAGAUCAUUGGUGUGGUGAAUCAGGAACCCGUGCUCUUUGCUACUACUAUUGCAGAAAAUAUUCGUUAUGGCCGUGAGGAUGUCACCAUGGAAGAGAUUGAAAAAGCUACCAAGGAAGCGAAUGCUUAUGACUUCAUCAUGAAGCUACCCAACUUAAGUUUGAAACUGUGGUUGGAGAAAGAGGGGCACAGCUGAGUGGAGGCCAGAAGCAAAGAAUAGCAAUUGCCAGAGCUCUGGUUCGCAAUCCUAAAAUUCUUCUGCUUGACGAAGCAACGUCAGCUUUGGAUACUGAGAGCGAAUCAGUUGUGCAGGCAGCACUGGACAAGGCAAGGGAAGGACGCACCACGGUUGUAGUAGCUCAUCGGCUGUCAACAGUCCGAAAUGCAGAUCUUAUAGCUGUGUUUGAAGGUGGAGUUAUCACAGAACAAGGGAAUCAUUUUAAAUUGCUUGAGAGAAAGGGGAUCUACUACAAACUUGUUAACAUGCAGGCAAUAGAAGCUGAAGUUCCAUCAUCAGAAAAAGAUGAGAAUGCACUUAUUGUCAAAAGAAGUGAGGCUGAACAAGAAUUUGAAGAAUCCUUUACAAGAGGAUUGAGAAGACGAUCAACUCGGAGAAGUAUGAGAAAACCAGGAGCUUAUGAUCCUGAUGAGAAAACGAGUUCACCUGAUGAAGAAUUACCUCCAGCUUCAUUCCUGAAAAUUAUGAAGUUGAACAAAACUGAAUGGCCAUACUUUGUUGCUGGAAUUUUAUGUGCAAUUAUCAAUGGAGCUUUACAACCUGCAUUUGCAAUCAUAUUUUCAGAAAUUAUAGGGAUUUUUUCAGAAACUGACAAGACUGUUUUAAGAGAAAAGAGCAACUUAUAUUCAGUGCUGUUUUUAGUCCUUGGGAUAAUUUCCUUCUUUACUUUCUUUUUUCAGGGUUUCACAUUUGGCAAAGCUGGAGAAAUUCUUACAAUGAGGCUUCGAUUCAUGGCUUUUAAAGCAAUGCUUAGACAGGACAUGGGCUGGUUUGAUAAUUCUAAAAAUAGCACUGGAGCAUUAACUACAAGACUUGCUAAUGAUGCCUCACAAGUGAAAGGAGCCACUGGUGUCAGACUGGCAUUAAUUGCCCAAAAUGUAGCAAACCUGGGGACUGGAAUUAUUAUAUCAUUAGUUUAUGGCUGGCAGCUGACCCUGCUACUUUUAGCUGUUGUGCCAAUCAUUGCCGUGGCAGGAAUGAUUGAAAUGAAGAUGUUGGCUGGGCAUGCUAAAAAAGAUAAAGAAGAGCUGGAAGCUGCAGGAAAGAUUGCCACAGAAGCCAUAGAAAAUAUUAGAACUGUUGUUAGUUUGACCCGAGAAAGAAAAUUUGAGUUGAUGUACGGAGAACAUUUGUGUGUACCAUACAGAAAUUCUGUGAAAAAAGCACAUGUAUUUGGAAUUUGUUUUGCCCUCUCACAAGCGAUGAUGUUCUUUACUUAUGCUGGCUGUUUCCGGUUUGGUGCCUAUUUGGUGGUAAAUGGAUACAUGAACUAUAAAAAUGUGUUUUUAGUGUUUUCAGCUGUUGUAUUUGGUGCAAUGGCAUUAGGACAAACCAGCUCUUUUGCUCCAGACUACGCCAAAGCCAAGAUAUCAGCAGCCCACUUGUUUCUUCUGUUUGAAAGAAUACCCUCAAUAGAUAGUUAUGGUGAGGAAGGAGAGAAGCCUGAUACAUUUAGCGGAAGCAUAACGAUCAAAGAUGUGGCAUUUAACUACCCGAACCGACCAGAGGUCAAAAUCCUCCAAGGUUUGAAUCUACAAGUAGAAAAGGGACAAACUCUAGCUCUUGUUGGUAGCAGUGGCUGUGGAAAGAGCACUGUCGUUCAGCUGCUUGAGAGAUUUUAUGAUCCUCUUGGUGGAGAAAUGCUUUUUGAUGGCAAAAAUGCAAAGACACUGAAUAUUCAGUGGCUGAGAGCUCAGAUUGGUAUCGUCUCACAAGAACCAAUGCUGUUUGACUGCACUAUCGCUGAAAACAUCGCAUAUGGAGAUAACAGUCGGGAGGUGUCACAUGAGGAAAUUGUUAAUGCAGCAAAAGAAGCCAAUAUUCAUUCCUUCAUUGACUCUCUGCCAGAUAAAUACAAUACCCGCGUAGGAGACAAGGGAACUCAGCUUUCUGGUGGUCAGAAACAACGUAUUGCUAUUGCCCGAGCUCUUGUACGUCAGCCCCAAAUUCUACUGCUGGAUGAAGCUACAUCUGCUUUAGAUACAGAAAGUGAAAAGAUUGUCCAGGAAGCACUGGAUAAAGCCAGGGAAGGUCGCACCUGCAUCGUGAUAGCUCACCGCCUCUCCACCAUCCAAAAUGCUGACAAGAUUGCCGUGAUCCAGAACGGCAAGGUCAUAGAGCUAGGGACCCAUCAGCAGCUCCUGGCUGAAAAAGGCAUCUACUAUUCUCUGGUCAAUGUUCAAAGUGGGUCAUGCAACAUGUAAAUUAAAGGCAGUACUUAUCUCUGAAUUGUCACUGUAAUUAUUUCAAUACUGCUAU